GUUCUUGACAGUGUAAAGAACCAUCCUGAUUCCUGGUUAUUUUGGGAACCAGUGGAAGAAACGUUUGCUCCAGGAUACUUUGAAGUUGUAAAGAACCCGAUGGAUCUGAUGAGGAUAGAAAGUAAGAUUAAUGAACGAGACUAUAAAACAACGGAUGAUUUUAUUAAUGACCUUCACCUUAUGUUUGAUAACUGUAUACUCUAUAAUGGA